GUGACUUGUGGGAUGCGGCAGGAGAGACAGAAAGGGAGAGAGUGAAUGACACCAGAGUGAAACAACAACGGGAGAAGCGGGAAAGAAAAGGAGUGCAAUAAAAUAAUCAGCGCUGCUGUUAAUUCAGUGCCUGACAUUCAGGUUGGCGCAGACAUAGAGAGAGCGGAUAUUCAGCGGAAGGAAAAGUUCAGAUCCCACGAAGCAGCGCGUGGGAGUGGGAAGCAGGAUCGUGACUGACUGAGGCAAGCUCCACUGUCUGUCUCGUCAUGGCAGGACCUGGAGGUGACAUGCAGUGGUGCUUCUCUCAGGUGAAAGGAGCCAUCGAUGAUGACGUUGCUGAAGCGGACAUCAUAUCCACGGUUGAGUUUAACCACACGGGGGAGCUGCUAGCUACAGGAGACAAGGGUGGGCGCGUAGUCAUUUUCCAGCAGGAAAUAGAGAAUAAGAGUCAGCCUCAGUUCAGGAGUGAAUACAAUGUUUACAGCACUUUCCAGAGCCACGAGCCUGAGUUUGACUACCUGAAGAGUUUGGAAAUAGAAGAGAAGAUCAACAAGAUUCGCUGGCUUCCUCAAAAGAACGCUGCCCAAUUCCUGUUGUCAACUAAUGAUAAGACAAUCAAGUUGUGGAAAAUCAGUGAACGAGACAAGAGACCAGAGGGCUAUAAUCUCAAGGAGGAAGAUGGACGCUACAAAGAUCCAAACACUAUCACAUCACUGCGGGUGCCAGUUUUAAUACCCAUGGACCUCAUGGUAGAAGCCAGUCCGAGGAGGGUGUUUGCCAAUGCUCACACCUACCAUAUCAACUCUAUCUCAGUCAACAGUGACAAUGAGACCUACCUGUCUGCAGACGACCUCCGCAUCAACCUCUGGCACUUGGAGAUCACUGACCGCAGCUUCAAUAUUGUUGACAUAAAACCAGCCAACAUGGAGGAUCUCACAGAGGUGAUCACAGCAGCAGAGUUUCAUCCUCAUCAGUGUAACACGUUUGUGUACAGCAGCAGCAAAGGAACCAUCCGUCUCUGCGACAUGAGGGCCUCAGCGCUGUGUGAUAAGCACUCUAAAUUGUUUGAGGAGCCAGAAGACCCCAGUAAUCGCUCUUUCUUCUCUGAGAUCAUAUCCUCAAUCUCAGAUGUAAAGUUUAGCCACAACGGACGCUACAUGAUGACCAGGGACUACUUGUCUGUGAAGAUUUGGGAUCUGAACAUGGAAAACAGGCCAGUGGAGACCUAUCAGGUUCAUGAGUACUUGAGGAGCAAGCUUUGCUCGCUUUAUGAGAACGACUGCAUCUUUGACAAGUUUGAAUGCUGCUGGAAUGGAAAUGACAGUGUGGUGAUGACGGGUUCAUACAACAACUUCUUUCGGAUGUUCGACCGUGGCCAGAGGCGGGAUGUUACUCUAGAGGCGUCCCGUGAAAACAGCAAGCCCAUGCAGGUCCUUAAGCCCCGAAAAGUGUGCGCGGGAGGCAAACGCAAGAAGGAUGAAAUCAGCGUAGACAGUUUGGACUUCAACAAGAAGAUCCUUCACACUGCCUGGCAUCCCCAGGACAACAUCAUCGCUGUGGCGACGACCAAUAACCUCUACAUAUUCCAGGAUAAAGUGAACUAAAUACAGAGUGAGCUUACGUGAGAUCUGGCGUGGGUGACCUCAUGUGCACCACCUGCAGCCUUUCAGGCUCAUCCAGGGUGAUCUGUGGUAACCACGACAACCAGCAUCCCUGUCUGUCGCUACUGGGUGACCAGACUUUGCCACUUUGUUCUCGAUGUGGACAGAGGAAGUCUCACUCUUGCCCAUCAUCAGCCUGUCUGUGGCAGAGAAACACCCGCCUUGUUGUUUAAGUGAUGUUGUGCCAAUUCCCCCCCAAUUUUUUUGUUUUGUUUUAGUUUUAUUUUGUUAUUUUGUUUGUUUUGCGAAGCCCCCUGCCCCUUUCUUCCCUGGGGUGACUUGGGUAAAGCAGUUUAAUUUCUUUAAAAUUCUGAAUACAGACACACUUAUUUUUAUAACUCCCCCCAAAUGGCUCUGUGGUAGAAAACGAAAACACUUAUUUAGUAUGUCCCAUUAUUGUCCUGUGCCAUUCUAGUGUUUAUUUUUCUAAGAAAAACAUUUUUUUGUGUGUACACCUUUUAUUAAUUCAUCUGUCAUACUGUUCUAGUAUUCUUUAAGUCUCUUCACAUGUCCCUCUCUUUAAUUAAACCUUACAGACUCAACAGUCACAAAUGUAUGCUUACAGUUUUCUUUACACACUCACUGCUCACACUGGACAGCGACACGUCAGCGGUUGCCUCCAGAAGUUUGAGAAUUAGAGUGUUAUUUCACAGAAUAAAAGCCUGGCACAGUGAGGAGUUAUCUAACUCACUGUGGCUGCGCCUCAGGCUCUGGGUGGUCAAAAAGGUCCAGACUCCAGAAAAGAUGCUUUAUGAUUGGCUCUCUCUUUACAUUGUUUUUUGCAUUGGUUCCUCUUCAUCCUUUUCUUUGUGUUCAACAAUAGUCAGGUAUAAGAGAUAGCCUAUUCAAAGAUAAUUAUUAUGAUUGUCAUAUUUAUAUUAAAAAAGAUAAAUUGCCACCAGAUUUGUUCCGUCCUAUUUUGUGAAAUGAAGCUGGACAUUAGACAUAACUUUUUUUGUGUCAUCUUCAAGUAUUGUCUUCCCAUGGUGUACCACAGCUCCAAAGCAGCACUUCACAACAGGGAAAAACCUUUUGAUUUGACACUGGACUCUCUUACUGCACAAACUAAAGUACUUGGAUGUGUUGAAAGACUGCAGCUUAAAAGAAAACAUUAUUUGAGGCAUUAAGUCACUUAAAGUGUUUGUUGAAACUACUGCAGACAAUAUAAAUGCUACUGUAUGUGAUGGUACAAUAAGCUGCACAUGAAUUUGCAGCAGUUGAUGUUUCCACACCGUAUUUAAAAUGUGGUCCGUUAAGACUCUAUUGAUGCCUCUAGUAAUGUAUAACUACAAUUUUAAUCUAUGACAGUGAAGAUAAUAAAGGAACUACUUUUUGCAACCUUG